AUUAAAUUUGUUAUCUUUCUCUCCUGGUUUAUUUUUUAUUUAAUUUAAAACAAUUCACAAAUCAGAUUAAAGAAAUAUUUGUUUUCUUUGCUUUAGAUCUUAACAUGGCGCCCGUCGGUCCGAGAUCCGGUGAUGCUAUCUUCGCCAACAUGGAGCGCGUGAAUGCUGAGCUUUUUACCUUAACUUACGGUGCCACCGUGCGUCAGUUACUGACGGAUCUCGAAGAGGUCGAGGAAGUUAACAAACAGCUUGAUCAAAUGGGCUAUAAUAUGGGAAUUCGACUAAUUGAUGAGUUUCUAGCGAAAUCUAAUAUCACCAAAUGUGUUGACUUCAAAGAGACUGCUGAAGUGAUUGCAAAGGUGGGUUUCAAAAUGUUCUUAGGGGUUACUGCAUCAGUGUCCAACUGGGAUGCUGAUGGGACAUGUUGCAGCAUAAUUUUGGAAGAUAAUCCCCUAGUGGAUUUUGUUGAGCUCCCUGAUACCUGUCAAGGCCUUUACUAUUGCAACAUCUUGAGUGGAGUCAUUAGAGGAGCCCUAGAGAUGGUGUCAUUGAAGACUGAAGUCAGUUGGAUCCGUGAUGUGCUUCGAGGGGAUGAUGCAUAUGAGCUUCAGGUAAAACUUUUGAAGCAAGUUCCAGAAGAGUACCCGUACAAGGAUGAUGAAUAGAAUAACAUGCUAUGUGAUGUGAUAUCAUGAGCUGAUUGUUGUAGUUUGGAUUAAAAGAUAGCAAUUUAAUAGCUUGACAUAUUAUAUAAUGCAACUCUAGUGAGUUUUGAAGUUACAUGAGCUAAAAUGAAUCCCACAAAAUUUGUUUA